AUGGAGAGAAAGGAUGGUUUAUCGAGUGAUGUACCACUGGUUGAAUUUAUAAAUCCAAAUGAAACAAACAUAACUCAAAGCAUUCCAAGUCAAUCCCGAAGUCAUAAUUCAAGAAAUAUUUCUUCCUCAAUAUCACCCUCAAUAACGUUAAAUGAUGAUGAUGAUGACAUUUUCUUUCAUGAUCACGGAGACCAGCAAGCGAAUACUAUGCCUUCAUUUCUUAGUAGAAGGGUAACAACUGGAUCGGAUGAUAAUGUAGAGAAUUAUGUCGAAAUGACAAAUAUUUCCAAACGUUUAAGCUUAACCAGUGAGUUUGCAUUCGACAACAUUGAUGAUAGUGAUACGGCCAAACUAACCAAAAAUCUGGUGGAUUACUCGUCAGAAAAGAAACAUAAGCAAUUAUCUUUUGGCAACGAGGAUGAAGAUAACUCUCACGACCCCAAUCUACUCAAUCGUAUACCUUCAUUCAACAAAUUUAGAAGGUUAAGUAGGAUGGUUACUAGAGCUUCUUCUCGUGUUGUUAACUUGGCAAAUGUUCCACUUGAUCAACUUUCAAAAGAAGCGACCGAAACUUUUAUACUAUUUCUAAUUGUGGCCAAUAUCAUACUAUUGGUUAUUGAUGCGUGGGACACAGUUGGCCCUGAUAACCCACGAAGAACCACAUGGGGAAGCUCUUUCGUUGACUAUGGAUUAUUGGCCAUAUUCAUUUUAUACACGUUAGAGAUUAUUGCUCGAAUAGUCGUAUCUGGUUUUAUCAUCAACCCUGAUAAUAAUGAUGAGUCGUUUGAGACGACUCCUCAGGCAAAAACAAAAUCAUCCUCAAUUACAUCAACGAAUAAUCAAAAAGGACAAUUCAUAUCCGGUAUUAAACGAUAUAUUUUUAAAACUGCUUUCCUUCGACACAGUUUUAACAGAAUAGAUUUGGUAGCGGUUAUAUGUUAUUGGAUUGAUUUAGUCAUAACGAAUUUUGGAGUAUCACAUGUUUAUGUAUUUAAAGCCUUAUCUACUUUAAGGAGUCUUAGAUUGUUAACUGUUACUAGUGGUGGCUCUACUAUUCUACAAUCUUUAAAAAUAAGUGCUCCUUUGUUAGCUAAUGUGAUGAUUUUUAUUAGCUUCUUUUUUGUCAUCAUUAGUAUAGUUGAUCCAAGUGGCAAUUCCAAUUAUACACUUUCACAACAAUGGUGCGGUGGAUACAUUGGACAAGAUGGUAAUCAUUAUCCAUAUAUACCAACAGAGGUUAAACCAUUACAAAAACCAAUCCCUAAAGGUUGCCUUUGUCCUGUUGGACAAGUUUGUCAGGAAACUGCGAAUCCAUACAAUAAUAUGGUGUCUUAUGAUAAUAUUUUUUCUGCAAUGGUCCUAACAUUUGUGCUCGCUGCAA